GCUGCCGUUUUGCUCACUACAAGCUCCUCCCUCCUCCCGUGGAAAAUUUCACAGCUGCAGUUACCAUGAGAGCCGCCGCUAUCCAGAGCCACAUCCUCGGGCGCGCGCCGCCGGUCGCCGUCCCGCUACACACGCGGCCGCGGCGCGCCGGCGGAGGCGGCGGGGCCCUCCUCCGCCGCCAGGGCUCCCAGCUGAGGAGCGACCUGCUGCUGCUGCCGCUGCCCACCGCCGUCCCCUGUCGAGCUCGCUCUCCGUCUUCUUCUUCCUCGUCCAGUGCGGAUUCUGGAACAGGGGAAGGUGCGGACGAGCUGCUCGAGGAUUUGCUCCAGAAGCAUGGCGAGGUUGUGUACAGCGCCGCCGGUGGGGGCGGGGCUCCGGCCAAUGAGGCCGACGAGGACGCCGAGUGCUUGUCUUUGGCUGUUUCACUGGCUAAAGUUGCAAGUGAGGUCAAGGCUGCCGAUAUUCGUGUACUCUUCGUAAAGCCGAUUGUCUACUGGACUGAGUUCUUCAUUAUUCUCACUGCUUUCUCAAAUGCACAGAUUGAGGCCAUCAGUUCCAAAAUGAGAGACAUCGGUGAGCAGCAGUUUAGCAGAGUUGCAUCUGGUGAUACAAAGCCGAAUUCAUGGACUUUACUGGACUUUGGUGAUGUCGUCGUCCAUAUAUUUCUUCCCCCGCAGCGAGAAUUCUACAACCUUGAAGAGUUCUAUGGAAAUGCCACACCCAUUGAACUCCCUUUCGAGACCCAGUUGCGGUGACUGCCGUUUGCAUCUGCUCCCUGAGACAUUGCAGUCAAGCCAAAACGAUGUUGCUGCGAAACCCCGAUCAACAUUCCACCAUGUAUUCUUGAUGCAUUCAUGCCUCGAUGCUCAAACAUGGAGAGCUGCCUACAGAUAGGUAGCAUAGUCGCAAUCUCGCCAACAAUACCUGGUCACUGCUCUGUUGAAGUGUGCAAAGUUGGUGCCAUGAAGCAUACAUUCUCCUUAUCUAUUGUCAACUAUGUGUAUCACUGUAUCAACUACAAUCAAUUGAAUAUUGUUAGCAGCAGGAGGAAUAAAAACCAGAAUAUUGUUAGAUUCCACAGUGCAUGAUAAAAAGUUCUUGUGUACUUUGCUUGACUUAGCACAUAAUUGUAUAUGUCAGAUCACAGUGCAGGAAAUUUUCUGGUUU